AUGUCUGGCAGGCUUAGCCAAGACAAUGUUAUAGUUGGUGGUUUAAUAAUCAAGAAUCAGGACUUCAUUGAAGCAACAGCACUGCCCGGUUUCGUGUUUUCCAAGUAUGAUGGCAUUAUUGGCCUUGGAUUUCAGGAGCUAUCACAUUUAGGUGUUGUUCCAGUAUGGUACAAUAUGAUGAACCAGGGUCUGAUCCAGAAUUCAGUGUUCUCAUUUUGGCUUAAUAGAAACAAAAAAGAAGAGGAAGGAGGUGAACUUGUGUUUGGUGGGAUUGAUCCAAAGCAUCACAAGGGGAACCAUACUUAUGUCCCUGUGACCCGCAAGGGUUAUUGGGAGUAUAUAUGGAAGAUUGGAGAAGGUGCUGCUGAAAAAUGCCGAAGUGGCUUUAUUUCCAAUGAGGAUGAUUUACAACUCUGGAUUUUGGGGGACAUAUUCAUGGCUCGUUAUCAUAUUGUAUUUGAUUAUGGAAAAUCCAUAAUUGGAUUUGUUGAUGCUGUAUAA